AUGCCCUCUUGGCCCAAUCUCUCGGAGUGCCUCUCCCAUAACUGUAGCUGGGAAGAGAUCCAUAACGCCACAAGGAACGCUGACCCUGGCCUGCCUCCCCUCAAUUACUAUUCAAUCCCUCUCCUCACGGCCAUCACCAUCGCCUGCACGCUGCUGUUUCUGGUCGGGGUGGCCGGGAAUGUCAUGACAAUUUUGGUGGUCAGUAAGUACCGGGACAUGCGCACCACCACUAACUUGUACCUGUGUAGCAUGGCCGUGUCCGACUUACUCAUCUUCCUCUGUAUGCCACUGGACCUCUAUCGUAUGUGGAGGUACAGGCCCUGGAGGUUUGGGGACGCACUCUGCAAGCUCUUUCAGUUCGUGUCAGAGUCAUGCACCUACUCCACCAUCCUGAGCAUCACCGCGCUGUCAGUGGAGCGCUAUCUGGCGAUCUGUUUCCCGCUGCGUGCCAAGGCCCUGGUUACCAAAAGGCGGGUGCGUGCCCUCAUUCUUCUCCUCUGGACAGUGUCUCUAUUGAGCGCCGGGCCGGUGUUUGUCAUGGUGGGAGUGGAGCGUGACAGCAUGUGGCCGACAAAUCUCAGUUCGGGAAUGAAUGAGACUGGUUUCUACCUGGAGGCCGGGGACACUCGGGAGUGUAAGAUGACCCACUACGCGGUGGAGUCAGGCCUGAUGGGGGCCAUGGUGUGGUUGAGCUCUGUUUUCUUCUUCAUGCCGGUGUUCUGUCUCACAGUGCUCUACAGCCUCAUAGGCCGUCGGCUGUGGCAGAGACACAGAGAGACAAACAUAAACUCUCGUGUGGCUCACCGGGACAAAAGCAACAGACAGACCAUCAAGAUGCUUGUUGUGGUGGUGCUGGCCUUUGUCCUGUGCUGGCUGCCGUUCCACGUGGGUCGCUACCUGCAGUUCCGCUCCCUAGACGCUCCGUCCCCGCUGCUGUCUGUGUUGUCCGAGUACUGCAGCUUGGUGUCCGUGGUUCUCUUCUACCUGAGCGCGGCCAUCAACCCUAUACUCUAUAACACCAUGUCCUGGAAGUACCGGGGCGCAGCGGCGCGCCUCUUCGGCCUGACUGACAGCCAGCCACCACGAGGCCGCACAGCCAGCACCAUGAAGGGAGACGGCUCAAACGGCUGGACGGAAUCCACAGUCAGCUUCUAA